CUCUCACUCACCCUUCUACUUUGUGCCUCUCUCUUCCCUCACCUACUCCAUAGUACCUCCAGAUCGAUAAUUUGCCCUAUUACAACGAUGCAUCUGCAGGCUAGACAGAUCUACUGGGAUGAUGACAGGUGUUAUAUCGACAGAUAUGGCUACAGGCGCUGCAGAAGCUCAGCCUGGAACAAUUGGGUCCGAUGGGUAGUCCUCGUCGUUGUCGUUGUCGGCUUCCUCCUACUCUUUGUAUUCUGCUCCUGCUUAACAGCGCGUCGUCGCCGCAAGGCCGGCCGUAAGCCUUUCUACGGAACAGGCUGGGCCGCUCGUCCUGGCCAGAACAACAACCAGUAUAACGCCCAGCCAUACUACGCAAACCAACCGGCCCCGCCCUAUGACGCCGCCACAAACAACAACAACGGUUACUACAGCGGCGGUGCAAACCAAAAUUACUACGGUCAGCAGAAUGGUGUCGAGCUUCAACAGCCCCAGCCUAGCUACGGCGGAGGCGGCUAUGCACCACCACCAGGCCCUCCACCAGCCAAGGCCUAAGCACCCUACAAUCAAAACCACGUCGACACAAACGAAGCUUUCACAACAAGGAAAAAGAAUCUUUGUUAGGAUGCUAUUGAAGACUUGGAUGAUGUGAACAACGACGAAAAUGUGGCAAAUUUGGUUGGGUAAAAGGGUGGAGUAUAGGAGCUUCUCUAACUUUCUUUUUGUGUAAUCACGCUUGAUACCUCUUUUCCUUAUUUGUGCUUAAAUGUCAACGUUUCUUUUUCUUUUCCUUCUCACGCCCUUUAAGAAAGUAAUACAAGUAUGCAUGUCGUAAUCAACUCUACAUUUUUACCCUUAGGCAAUC